AUGGAGGAUUUGCUCUUUGUUAAAGAAUUCCAUGUUCCUGUCUUCGAGGAGAAGAAACCUGAGAAGAAGACGGAUGAAGAGUGGAAGCUGCAGCAUCGCCAAGUGUGUGGGUUGAUAAGGCAGUGGGUAGAUGAUAAUGUGUUGCAUCAUAUUGAGACUGAGACGGAUGCUCGUUCUUCGUUCAAAGACUUGUUCCUGACCAAGUCAUCGUCUCACCCUCGACUGAUAUUCGCCAUCGAGGAAGAAGGUCUGCGGAGCAUCUUUUCUUUAGCUCAAGGUCUUAGUCCAUACGAGAAGUCUUCAUCUUCUCUUGUAGCAAGCCCCGAAUUUCAUAUGAUCUUCCCCACACAAGAUAUGCAGAUCCAUCAUCAUGAAAGCCGACAGUUUGCAUGUGGCUUUGCCUCCGGUUUGAUCUAUUUCUAUGGUUUGUGGACCAAAAGGAAGGUUGACGAUGGAGUGCCUGUAAUAUGUAACCCUAAAACAGGAAGGUAUGAGACCUUACCCUAUAUUUUAAGGUACAGAAGGUCGAGUAGCUUCUUUGGGUUUGAUCCAAUUGACAAACAAUUCAAAGUAUUGUUCAUGGGUCAUCCAUGUUGUUGUGAUGAUCACAGAAUUAUGACAUUGGGAACUAGAGGAAUGAGGUGGAGAAAGAUCAAAUUUUCUUUACGAGUUGAGAUCGUGAGUGAAGGAGUAUGCAUUAAUGGGGUUUUGUAUUACUUAGGUGACAUGUGGGAUUAUAAGGAAGUUUCUGAGGCGAGGUCUAAUUAUGUGAUAGUUUGCUUUGAUGUUAGGUCUGAGAAAUUCAAAUUUCUUUAUCCGGAAAGCUUUUGUGAAUUGAUAAACUACAAGGGUAAGUUAGGUGUGGUUUACUAUGAUGAUUUUACUGAUGAUGCCAUUGAGUUGCGAGUGUGGGUUCUAGAGGAUGUGAAGAAACAAGAAUGGUCCAAGUAUUCAUACACUAUGAGGGGUGAUAAACUCUUCCCGCAUUAUUGUUCCGUGGUUGGAGUGAUUUCUACGGGUGAAAUUGUCUUGUCGAUGACUGAUUAUACAUCCAAACAACCGUUUUAUAUUUACUAUUUCAAUCCUGAAAGGAACACCCUUCGACGUGUUGAAAUCCAAGGUUUCGGAGAAUACCAUAAACCUUCAGAAAAACCUAGUAGAGUCUACGUCUUUUUAGACGAUUGUAGUAGAUUCUAUACCUUCGUAGACCAUGUUGAGAAUCUUAAUGUUAGCGAUCCAAGGCUACUCAAGUCAAGCAUCUAUGCUCCAUAUGUGUAUAAAGAAGAAGAUGAAGAAUCAGAAGAAGAAGAAUAUGAUGAUGAAAAAAAUAUUUUUCGUCGUUUUUAUGGUAAAAAGAGGAGAUGGAGAUGAAUGAGAAGGAGAAGGUGAAGAAGAAGGAUAAAGAUGAAGGUAGGAGAAGGAAAAGAAGACAGCAGGAGGAGAAGAUAGAGCCUUAAUUGGGUUUUUGUUUUUGUCAUCAUCGAUAAUUGGAUUUAGGUGAAAGCAA